UCAGAUUAUCCAAGUAUGAAUUUGCUCAACAGGAUGAUGACUUCAGCUGGGGUCAUUGUGUUGUUGGCCUUUCUCGGACAGUCAACUGCUACUAAUAUUGCUAAAGGUGGAAGAGUGAGUCAGUCCUCCUUGGCGGUGGGUGGUGUCCCUCAAAGGGCCGUUGAUGGAAAUCGUGCCAGCAUAUGGGGACAAAACUCCUGCACCCACACAAAAACAGAAACACAACCAUGGUGGAGACUGGACCUCCUAAAGACUUACAGAAUCAACACUGUCACUAUCACCAACAGAAGAGAUUGUUGCCAUGAAAGGAUCAACGGUGCUGAGAUCCGCAUUGGAAAUUCCCUCAAUGACUACGGAAAUGCUAAUCCCAGAUGUGCUAUUAUCUCAUCUAUCCCAGCUGGAACUAGUGCAACUUUUGAGUGCAAUGGAAUGGAAGGCCAGUAUGUUAACAUUGUGAUUCCUGGAAAAAAUGGAAUCCUGACGCUGUGCGAGGUAGAAGUCAAUGGUCAGCCUUCAGCUACUAAUAUUGCUAAAGGUGGAAGAGUGAGUCAGUCCUCCUUGGCGGUGGGUGGUGUCCCUCAAAGGGCCGUUGAUGGAAAUCGUGCCAGCAUAUGGGGACAAAACUCCUGCACCCACACAAAAACAGAAACACAACCAUGGUGGAGACUGGACCUCCUAAAGACUUACAGAAUCAACACUGUCACUAUCACCAACAGAAGAGAUUGUUGCCAUGAAAGGAUCAACGGUGCUGAGAUCCGCAUUGGAAAUUCCCUCAAUGACUACGGAAAUGCUAAUCCCAGAUGUGCUAUUAUCUCAUCUAUCCCAGCUGGAACUAGUGCAACUUUUGAGUGCAAUGGAAUGGAAGGCCAGUAUGUUAACAUUGUGAUUCCUGGAAAAAAUGGAAUCCUGACGCUGUGCGAGGUAGAAGUCAAUGGUCAGCCUUCAGCUACUAAUAUUGCUAAAGGUGGAAGAGUGAGUCAGUCCUCCUUGGCGGUGGGUGGUGUCCCUCAAAGGGCCGUUGAUGGAAAUCGUGCCAGCAUAUGGGGACAAAACUCCUGCACCCACACAAAAACAGAAACACAACCAUGGUGGAGACUGGACCUCCUAAAGACUUACAGAAUCAACACUGUCACUAUCACCAACAGAAGAGAUUGUUGCCAUGAAAGGAUCAACGGUGCUGAGAUCCGCAUUGGAAAUUCCCUCAAUGACUACGGAAAUGCUAAUCCCAGAUGUGCUAUUAUCUCAUCUAUCCCAGCUGGAACUAGUGCAACUUUUGAGUGCAAUGGAAUGGAAGGCCAGUAUGUUAACAUUGUGAUUCCUGGAAAAAAUGGAAUCCUGACGCUGUGCGAGGUAGAAGUCAAUGGUCAGCCUUCAGCUACUAAUAUUGCUAAAGGUGGAAGAGUGAGUCAGUCCUCCUUGGCGGUGGGUGGUGUCCCUCAAAGGGCCGUUGAUGGAAAUCGUGCCAGCAUAUGGGGACAAAACUCCUGCACCCACACAAAAACAGAAACACAACCAUGGUGGAGACUGGACCUCCUAAAGACUUACAGAAUCAACACUGUCACUAUCACCAACAGAAGAGAUUGUUGCCAUGAAAGGAUCAACGGUGCUGAGAUCCGCAUUGGAAAUUCCCUCAAUGACUACGGAAAUGCUAAUCCCAGAUGUGCUAUUAUCUCAUCUAUCCCAGCUGGAACUAGUGCAACUUUUGAGUGCAAUGGAAUGGAAGGCCAGUAUGUUAACAUUGUGAUUCCUGGAAAAAAUGGAAUCCUGACGCUGUGCGAGGUAGAAGUCAAUGGUCAGCCUUCAGCUACUAAUAUUGCUAAAGGUGGAAGAGUGAGUCAGUCCUCCUUGGCGGUGGGUGGUGUCCCUCAAAGGGCCGUUGAUGGAAAUCGUGCCAGCAUAUGGGGACAAAACUCCUGCACCCACACAAAAACAGAAACACAACCAUGGUGGAGACUGGACCUCCUAAAGACUUACAGAAUCAACACUGUCACUAUCACCAACAGAAGAGAUUGUUGCCAUGAAAGGAUCAACGGUGCUGAGAUCCGCAUUGGAAAUUCCCUCAAUGACUACGGAAAUGCUAAUCCCAGAUGUGCUAUUAUCUCAUCUAUCCCAGCUGGAACUAGUGCAACUUUUGAGUGCAAUGGAAUGGAAGGCCAGUAUGUUAACAUUGUGAUUCCUGGAAAAAAUGGAAUCCUGACGCUGUGCGAGGUAGAAGUCAAUGGUCAGCCUUCAGCUACUAAUAUUGCUAAAGGUGGAAGAGUGAGUCAGUCCUCCUUGGCGGUGGGUGGUGUCCCUCAAAGGGCCGUUGAUGGAAAUCGUGCCAGCAUAUGGGGACAAAACUCCUGCACCCACACAAAAACAGAAACACAACCAUGGUGGAGACUGGACCUCCUAAAGACUUACAGAAUCAACACUGUCACUAUCACCAACAGAAGAGAUUGUUGCCAUGAAAGGAUCAACGGUGCUGAGAUCCGCAUUGGAAAUUCCCUCAAUGACUACGGAAAUGCUAAUCCCAGAUGUGCUAUUAUCUCAUCUAUCCCAGCUGGAACUAGUGCAACUUUUGAGUGCAAUGGAAUGGAAGGCCAGUAUGUUAACAUUGUGAUUCCUGGAAAAAAUGGAAUCCUGACGCUGUGCGAGGUAGAAGUCAAUGGUCAGCCUUCAGCUACUAAUAUUGCUAAAGGUGGAAGAGUGAGUCAGUCCUCCUUGGCGGUGGGUGGUGUCCCUCAAAGGGCCGUUGAUGGAAAUCGUGCCAGCAUAUGGGGACAAAACUCCUGCACCCACACAAAAACAGAAACACAACCAUGGUGGAGACUGGACCUCCUAAAGACUUACAGAAUCAACACUGUCACUAUCACCAACAGAAGAGAUUGUUGCCAUGAAAGGAUCAACGGUGCUGAGAUCCGCAUUGGAAAUUCCCUCAAUGACUACGGAAAUGCUAAUCCCAGAUGUGCUAUUAUCUCAUCUAUCCCAGCUGGAACUAGUGCAACUUUUGAGUGCAAUGGAAUGGAAGGCCAGUAUGUUAACAUUGUGAUUCCUGGAAAAAAUGGAAUCCUGACGCUGUGCGAGGUAGAAGUCAAUGGUCAGCCUUCAGCUACUAAUAUUGCUAAAGGUGGAAGAGUGAGUCAGUCCUCCUUGGCGGUGGGUGGUGUCCCUCAAAGGGCCGUUGAUGGAAAUCGUGCCAGCAUAUGGGGACAAAACUCCUGCACCCACACAAAAACAGAAACACAACCAUGGUGGAGACUGGACCUCCUAAAGACUUACAGAAUCAACACUGUCACUAUCACCAACAGAAGAGAUUGUUGCCAUGAAAGGAUCAACGGUGCUGAGAUCCGCAUUGGAAAUUCCCUCAAUGACUACGGAAAUGCUAAUCCCAGAUGUGCUAUUAUCUCAUCUAUCCCAGCUGGAACUAGUGCAACUUUUGAGUGCAAUGGAAUGGAAGGCCAGUAUGUUAACAUUGUGAUUCCUGGAAAAAAUGGAAUCCUGACGCUGUGCGAGGUAGAAGUCAAUGGUCAGCCUUCAGCUACUAAUAUUGCUAAAGGUGGAAGAGUGAGUCAGUCCUCCUUGGCGGUGGGUGGUGUCCCUCAAAGGGCCGUUGAUGGAAAUCGUGCCAGCAUAUGGGGACAAAACUCCUGCACCCACACAAAAACAGAAACACAACCAUGGUGGAGACUGGACCUCCUAAAGACUUACAGAAUCAACACUGUCACUAUCACCAACAGAAGAGAUUGUUGCCAUGAAAGGAUCAACGGUGCUGAGAUCCGCAUUGGAAAUUCCCUCAAUGACUACGGAAAUGCUAAUCCCAGAUGUGCUAUUAUCUCAUCUAUCCCAGCUGGAACUAGUGCAACUUUUGAGUGCAAUGGAAUGGAAGGCCAGUAUGUUAACAUUGUGAUUCCUGGAAAAAUUGGAAUCCUGACGCUGUGCGAGGUAGAAGUCAAUGGUCAGCCUUCAGCUACUAAUAUUGCUAAAGGUGGAAGAGUGAGUCAGUCCUCCUUGGCGGUGGGUGGUGUCCCUCAAAGGGCCGUUGAUGGAAAUCGUGCCAGCAUAUGGGGACAAAACUCCUGCACCCACACAAAAACAGAAACACAACCAUGGUGGAGACUGGACCUCCUAAAGACUUACAGAAUCAACACUGUCACUAUCACCAACAGAAGAGAUUGUUGCCAUGAAAGGAUCAACGGUGCUGAGAUCCGCAUUGGAAAUUCCCUCAAUGACUACGGAAAUGCUAAUCCCAGAUGUGCUAUUAUCUCAUCUAUCCCAGCUGGAACUAGUGCAACUUUUGAGUGCAAUGGAAUGGAAGGCCAGUAUGUUAACAUUGUGAUUCCUGGAAAAAAUGGAAUCCUGACGCUGUGCGAGGUAGAAGUCAAUGGUCAGCCUUCAGCUACUAAUAUUGCUAAAGGUGGAAGAGUGAGUCAGUCCUCCUUGGCGGUGGGUGGUGUCCCUCAAAGGGCCGUUGAUGGAAAUCGUGCCAGCAUAUGGGGACAAAACUCCUGCACCCACACAAAAACAGAAACACAACCAUGGUGGAGACUGGACCUCCUAAAGACUUACAGAAUCAACACUGUCACUAUCACCAACAGAAGAGAUUGUUGCCAUGAAAGGAUCAACGGUGCUGAGAUCCGCAUUGGAAAUUCCCUCAAUGACUACGGAAAUGCUAAUCCCAGAUGUGCUAUUAUCUCAUCUAUCCCAGCUGGAACUAGUGCAACUUUUGAGUGCAAUGGAAUGGAAGGCCAGUAUGUUAACAUUGUGAUUCCUGGAAAAAAUGGAAUCCUGACGCUGUGCGAGGUAGAAGUCAAUGGUCAGCCUUCAGCUACUAAUAUUGCUAAAGGUGGAAGAGUGAGUCAGUCCUCCUUGGCGGUGGGUGGUGUCCCUCAAAGGGCCGUUGAUGGAAAUCGUGCCAGCAUAUGGGGACAAAACUCCUGCACCCACACAAAAACAGAAACACAACCAUGGUGGAGACUGGACCUCCUAAAGACUUACAGAAUCAACACUGUCACUAUCACCAACAGAAGAGAUUGUUGCCAUGAAAGGAUCAACGGUGCUGAGAUCCGCAUUGGAAAUUCCCUCAAUGACUACGGAAAUGCUAAUCCCAGAUGUGCUGUUAUCUCGUCUAUUGCGGCUGGGACCUCCGAAACUCUUUCAUGCAAUGGAAUGGAAGGCCAGUAUGUUAACAUUGUGAUUCCUGGAAAAUGGGAAAUCCUGACGCUGUGCGAAGUGGAAGUCACUGGGAUUCCCCUUGAAAAUGACUGGUCAUCUAACUGCAGUUAACAAGGCAUAUGAUUUGUGUUGAUAUUAACGAGCUUACAUGGGGUUGUCAUCCUGUGUUCUCCAGUAAAAUCAACAAAAACA